AAAAACACACACCGCAACGCCCUCUCCCUCCGUUUCACUUGCUCUAACCACAGCUACUUCCUCGGUGAAAACUGUUGGCUGAGGGGGGGCAGGUGGUUAGUUUGAUUACACACACACACACACACACACACACACGCAUACAAAGCCACAAUGCCAGAUUAAUAGAAGAGUAAGACAAUCUCUCUCGGGUGACUGUCGGGGAGAGAGUCAACUCUGAAGACAAAAAGUCAUCAACAAGGGGAUUUGGAGAACCACAUACCAAAACCAGAGAGAGAGAGAGAGAGCGAGAGAGAGAGAGUCAUAAAGAGAUAGCUAAAGGAAGAUGUGUAUGACGACAGAGAGAAGGAGCGGAAGCAGAAAAGAGCUGUAAGCAAGUGAAGAGUCGGAGAAAGAUACCACCAGUAGAGAAACGUAGAGAAUGAAAGUUUCUUUGUGGAUUAUUUUGCCUCGGAGUCACUGGUCGACUGGAAAAACCACAAGGAGCUUUUUCUACCACAUCUACCCAUGACCGGGACACCUCGGCUGGGAUAAAAAAGGGUGGAGAGGAAGAAACGUCUGAAGAAGAAUCAUUUCAUGGCAUCCAACAGCCUCUUUGAGUCACUGUCGUCCUAUCGCUCAGCUUUUAUACGAGACCCAGCCCCGGGUCGGCGUUAUACCCCCCCCUCCACCACCCUGGCCUCGGGGGGGAAGAUGGCCGAGGCCCUGCCUCUGGGCGCCCAGGAGGCCGGAGGGGGGGCAGCUCUGGUGGGCAAACUGCGCAUGGCUGACCGCGGUAUGGUGGAGGUGAUCUCAGAUCAUCCAGGCGAGCUGGUGAAGACAGACAGUCCGAACUUCCUGUGCUCUGUGCUGCCCACCCACUGGAGGUGUAACAAGACCCUGCCCAUAGCCUUUAAGGUGGUCACCCUGGGCGACACCCCUGAUGGCACCCUGGUAACGGUGAUGGCGGGAAACGACGAGAACUACUCGGCCGAGCUUCGCAACGCCACUGCCGCCCUCAAGAACCAAGUGGCCCGAUUCAACGACCUGCGCUUUGUCGGCCGCAGCGGAAGAGGGAAGAGUUUCACUCUGACCAUCACAGUGUUCACCAACCCUCCUCAGGUGGCCACGUACCAGAGAGCCAUUAAAAUUACAGUGGACGGUCCUAGAGAGCCACGCCGUCAUCGUCAGAAGAUGGACGAGGUCAAACCCGGCUCUCUAGCUUUCUCUGAGAGGCUAACAGAGCUGGAACAGCUGAGACGGAGCACAAUGAGGGUGACACCGCCUCACCACCAUCACCAUCACCAUCACCAUCAACACUCCGCCAACACCCGGCAAUCUGCAGCACUCAACUCUGCCACCUUCUCCAGCCCGACACACCCUCAGAUAACUGCUGACUCCAGACAGAUGCAGUCAUCUCCGUCUUGGUCCUACGAACAAUCGUACCCCUACCUCGGCCAGAUAACCACGCCCGGCGUCCACGCGACCAAUCCGCUUUCACCUGGUCGAUCUUCGCUCAGUGACCUUUCCUCGCGACUCGCAGGUCCUGACCUCGCGGCCUUUGGUGACCCCAGGAUGACCUUAGAACGACCUUUCCCCUCCUUGCCUGACUCCCGCUUCGCCGACCCCCGGGUCCACUAUCCUCCCACGGCGGCCGCUUUCACCUACACCCCCUCUCACAACGCCGUCUCCAACGGCGCCCUCGGCAUCACCAUGGCGACGGCGAUGGCAACCACUCCCACGGGGAGGUACCACACCUACCUGCCUCCCCCCUACCCGGCGAACGCGCCCCACCAGGCUCAGAACGGGCCGUUUCAGUCCACCUCCUCGCCGUAUCACCUGUACUACUCCGCCGCUGCCGGCUCCUACCAGUUCUCCAUGAUGGCCGGGGGGGGAGGAAGUGGUGGUGACUCGCGCUCCCCGCCGAGGAUCCUGCCGCCGUGCACCAACGCCUCCACGGGCUCCUCCCUCUUGCACCCCUCUUUGCCCAAUCAGAAUGAAGGAGUGGGCGUGGAGGUGGAGUCCAGUCACAGCAGCUCCCCGACAAACAUGGCAGCUGCUGAAGCUGUCUGGAGACCUUACUAAACCAGCUAAGGUGACCACCUGGUCAUGUGACGGCAGACACCGAACAUCACUGAAUGCAUAAAUACACUCUGAUCCAAAAUAAUAUGUGACAUAAACGGCCAAUGUAAUAUCAGAGCUAAUGUGUCAACAUAUAGAUAAUAUAUAGCCCAAACUGGGGGAGAGGGGUGAACCACAACCCCUUAUCUCAGUUAAAGGAAGUCUGGUGAAGUCCCAUGAAAAGACCAAAACCAACAAUUAAAUUUCUGGAUACUCUCUGACUCUCAGCUCUCUUAGCCCAUUGGUUCCUACUAGGGAUGCACCGAUACCGAUACCAGUAUCGGGUCCGAUACUGUGCUCAUGUACUCGUAAAACGGCUCCGAAAAACUUAACGUUGUAGUAUUACGAGAAAAAAGACAUAGCUUUAUGAGACAAAAAGUCGUAAUAUUACGAAAUUAAAGUCAUAACUUAACGAGAAAAAAAGUCGUAAUAUUAGGAGAAUAAAGCCAUAAC